CGCUCUGGCUUCGUCUCUUCGCUCUUCUCUGGCGCUUUUCCCCUCUCCACCGUCGCUCUUCGCUGCGUGCCCUCCCUCCGGCUUCUCCAGUCGCCGGGGUGCCCGCCGGUGCCCACUUCUCCAACCAACUGCCGUCCCACAUCCCCGGCUCUCCCGCUCCUCGCUCCAGCCGCACACCUGGUGCCCUUCCAUCUCCUCUCCGCCCAAAUCACCUCCCAUCCCUCCCUCCAGCCGCGGUUGCCAUGAGCUUCAAUCCGAAGCCCCUCGUCCGCAACAGGAUCGCCUCGACCGACAACCUCAGGAUCCUCACCACCUCGAUCUACCACAACUUCACCGAGCGCUUCGGCUCGCCCUCCUCCCCCAACCCCCGGCGCCGCAACAGCCCCGCCUUCCUGGCCCAGCAGCAGCAGACCCGUCUCCGCGACCUCGAGGGCCUCUGCAGCCAGGCCGAGAGCUUUCUGGACCUGCUGAUCGGCGUCAUUGAGCCCCUAUCGCCCUCAUCUCCCCUGACACCCGAGCGCGAUACCGACACCAUCCGCCGCACCAUCCAGGAUGAGCGCCUCUUUAUCGAAAAAUGCAGAGGCUCUCGCAUUGUCCUCAGCCUGCAGGCCUUUGACGAGCUCUGCGGCGUCAUUGACCAAAAGAUCGCCAACAUCCAGUCCCAGGUCCAGAAUCUCAAGUUAGCCUAUGCCCAACACUCGCGCUGCCCAGUGCUUCAGCCCCGGCGGCUGAGCCCAAGCACCACCGGCAGCCUCUGCUCCAUCGAUCCUCCCGACGAUGCCCCUCCAGAGCUCGAAAGAUCCGCAUCGCAGCCGGCGUUGUCGUGCCCUCGUCGGCUUGCUCCUCGUCCAAGCACCCCACGGCUGAUUCCUCCGAUCCAAGUUCGUUGCGCCUCCGUGACGCCCGCCAUCGGACACAUCCACAUCCCUGAACAGACCAUCAAGUUCAUAUUCGACUCGACGCCACAGGUGCUCGUUCCUUCCGAGGACUGCCUCGCCAAGUCUGUCUAAGAACAGCCGCAGCCAAUCCGACCACACGAGGCUGAGCAAUAUCAAAUCGCCCCUGACGAGGGCAUUCGUGCUUCAUCGGAGAGCAUUCGUGCUUCAUCGGAGGGCGCUCG